AUGUGGUUGAGGUUUGUUCUCUCAGAUUUUGGUGAAGAACAGAUCCGUUCAACAUCAAUUCUAUGUGAUAAUACCACAGCUAUAGCCAUAACAAAGAAUCCGGUACACCAUCACAAAACCAGACACAUAAACAGACGGUUCCAUUUUAUCUGUGAUGCUUUACAAAAUGGAGAUAUUGAUCUAUUGUAUUGCAAGAUAGAAGGGCAGACUGUAGAUAUAUUUACCAAAGCUCUAGCCAGAGAUCGGUUCGAAGUGUUUGCUGUGGCACUUCAAAAAGCGGGUUCGCCUUCGAACUUGGAUUUUAAAUCUGAUGGUGUUGACAGUAAGAUAACCGGGUCGCUUAAGCCCGUGGACGUGCUUAUGCUUCCUUGGAUGUGUUGGGCUAUUUCCUGGAAUUCUAGGACUUCGAAAAUUUCCAAAGGGAAAACAGAUUUACCUCCGCCGGAUAUUAAUCAGAUUGUUUCGUCGGCUAUUGUUUCAUGCCCUGAAGUUGGCAGUGGCUUGAAUGUGUGGGAUUGCCAGCUCUCGGGUUUGGAAGUUGAACUUCCUGUGGGGAAGUUUCUUUCUUGGAUUUUGAGAACAGUGCCUAGUCUCCCAGAUUGGUUUUCACAGUUUGUGUAUGCAAUUCUCAAAAACUGUGUUUCUCACAAGGAUGGACAAGAAUGCUCAACUUCAUCACUGGUAGAGAAUUCUUCAACCAUGUCAAUGUCAUACAGUUCUCAUCUUUUGUCCAGUGGAAUAGGGGAGAUCGGGUUUGGGAGAGAGAGAAGGCGAGUGCCACUGUGCACUCGCGCACUCCUCGGGGUUUUGGGGUAA